AUGCGCGGCCAAGGGAAAGCGCGCAGCUCGCUGGUCCAGGCAGUGAGCUUGCGCCCGGCGACCUGGCACCCGUGCCUGGAUAUGGGGCAUCUACAUCGUCCCAGGAGCAGCACAAGCCACAGGAACCUGCCGCAUGUUUUUCUGCUUUUCCUCUUCGUGGGACCCUUCAACUGCCUCGCGAGUUACAGUCGAGCUACCGAGCUUCUGUACAGCCUAAACGAGGGACUGCCUGCGGGGGUGCUCAUAGGCAGUCUGGCGGAGGACCUAAGGCUGCUGCCCCGGGCCUCUGGGAGGCAGAGCUCGCAGCUGCUGCAUCCAGAGCACACUACGGCUGAGGGGAGCCCCCCUCUCUCGUUCAGUUUGGCCUCCAGUGGACUGAGUGGCCAGUAUGUGACCCUGGACAACCGUUCCGGGGAGCUGCACACUUCUGCACGGGAGAUUGACAGAGAAGCAUUGUGCCUCGAUGGGGGUGGAGGGGCUGCCUGGGGCGGCAGCACUUCCAUUGCCUCCUCUUCUUCCUCUGACUCUUGCCUUUUGCUUCUGGAUGUGCUGGUCCUGCCUCAGGAAUACUUUAGGUUUGUGAAGGUGAAAAUUGCCAUCAGGGAUAUAAAUGACAAUGCUCCGCAGUUCCCAAUUUCUGAAAUCUCAGUCUGGGUCCCGGAAAAUUCACCUGUGAACACCCGAUUGGCUAUAGAGCAUCCUGCUGUGGACCCAGAUGUAGGCAUUAACGGGGUGCAAACCUAUCGCUUACUGGACUACCAUGGCAUGUUUACCCUGGACGUGGAGGAGAAUGAGAACGGGGAGCGCACACCCUACUUGAUUGUCAUGGGUGCUUUGGACAGAGAAACCCAGGACCAGUAUGUGAGCAUCAUCAUAGCCGAGGAUGGUGGGUCUCCACCACUGCUGGGCAGUGCCACCCUCACCAUUGGCAUAAGUGACAUCAACGACAACUGUCCUCUCUUUCUGGACUCACAAAUUAAUGUCACUGUUUAUGGAAACGCUACAGCGGGCACCCCGAUUGCAGCCGUUCAGGCUGUGGAUAGAGACCUGGGGACAAAUGCACAGAUCACCUACAGUUACAGCCAGAAAGUUCCACAAGAAUCCAAGGAUUUAUUCCACUUGGAUGAAACUACUGGAGUCAUUAAACUUGCCAGUAACAUUGGUGGGAGUGUUCUGCAGACACAUAAGCUCACCAUCCUUGCUAAUGGACCAGGCUGUAUUCCUGCAGUGAUCACUGUUCUUGUGUCCAUUAUCAAAGUUGUUUUCAGACCCCCAGAAAUCGUCCCACGUUAUAUAGCAAAUGAGAUGGAUGGUGUUGUAUAUCUGAAAGAACUGGAGCCUGUUAACACUCCAAUCGCAUUUUUCACCAUAAGAGAUCCAGAAGGCAAAUCCAAGAUUAACUGCUACUUGGACGGUGAAGGGCCAUUCAGGCUAGCACCCUACAAGCCUUAUAACAAUGAGUAUUUGUUGGAGACCACAAAACCUAUGGACUAUGAACUGCAGCAGUUCUAUGAAAUAGCUGUAGUGGCCUGGAACUCAGAGGGGUUUCAUGUCAAGAGAAUCAUUAAAGUGCAACUUUUAGAUGACAAUGACAAUGCUCCUGUUUUCCCUCAACCCUUGAUAGAACUGACUAUUGAAGAAAACAAUGCUCCCAAUGCCUUUCUGACGAAGCUCUAUGCUACAGAUGCUGACAGUGGAGAGAGGGGCCAAGUUUCCUACUUCUUGGGACCAGAUGCUCCGUCAUACUUUUCCUUAGACAGUGUCACGGGGAUUCUGACAGUUUCGACUCAGCUGGACAGAGAAGAGAAAGAAAAGUAUAGGUACACUGUCAGAGCUGUGGACUGUGGGAAGCCACCCAGAGAAUCCGUGGCUACAGUGGCCCUCACUGUGUUGGAUAAAAAUGACAACAGUCCUAGGUUCAUCAACAAGGACUUCAGCUUUUUUGUGCCAGAAAACUUUCCAGGAUAUGGUGAAAUCGGAGUCAUUAGUGUAACAGAUGCCGAUGCCGGGAGAAAUGGAUGGGUAGCCCUCUCAGUAAUGAACCAGAGUGACAUUUUUGUCAUAGAUACAGGCAAGGGCAUGUUGAGAGCUAAAGUCUCUUUAGACAGAGAACAGCAAAGCUCUUACACUUUGUGGGUGGAAGCUGUUGAUGGAGGCGAGCCUGCCCUUUCCUCUACCACAAAAAUCACAAUUCUCCUUCUAGACAUCAAUGAUAACCCUCCUCUUGUUUUAUUUCCUCAGUCUAAUAUGUCUUAUUUGUUGGUCCUACCUUCCACUCUCCCUGGCUCACCAGUAACAGAGGUCUACGCAGUUGACAAAGACACAGGCAUGAAUGCUGUCAUAGCUUAUAGUAUCAUAGGGAGAAGAGGUCCCAGGCCCGAGUCCUUCAGAAUUGACCCUAAAACUGGCAACAUAACUCUGGAAGAAGCCUUACUGCAGACAGAUUAUGGUUUGCAUCGUUUACUUGUGAAAGUGAGUGACCAUGGCUACCCCGAACCUCUCCAUUCCACUGUCAUGGUGAACUUAUUUGUCAAUGACACUGUCAGUAAUGAGAGCUACAUUGAGAGCCUUUUAAGAAAAGAACCAGAAAUUAAUAUAGAAGAGAAAGAGCCACAAAUCUCAAUAGAGCCAACUCAUAGGAAGGUAGAAUCUCUGUCCUGCAUGCCCACAUUGGUAGCUCUUUCUGUCAUAAGCUUGGGUUCCAUCACACUAGUCACAGGGAUGGGAAUAUACAUCUGCUUACGGAAAGGUAAAAAACAUCACAGGGAAGAUGAGAAUUUGGAAGUACAAAUUCCACUGAAAGGAAAAAUUGACUUGUGUAUGAGAGAGAGAAAACCGGUGGAUAUUUCUAAUAUUUGAUGUUUCAUUGUGGAAUGACAUUUUAACUGCCAUGAAUAGUCUUUGUCACACAAACAACGGUGUGCUGAUAUAGUUCCACUGAAGGACCACUAAUUUAUAACUUGUAAUAUAUUAUAAAUAGCUGUUUACAGGUUUUUAAUUCAAAUUCAGAGGUUAUAAAAUGUGUACAGAAUUUUUAAAAGAAAAUUAGUACUAACAGCUAUAUUAUUGUUAUUUAUAUAUAUACAUAAAACGCUGGACAUAAUUGGCAGCUCUCAUAGACCCAGCAGAUGACUGACAAAACUCAAGACUAAGGUAAGAAAAGUACAUUUUUGUUGUCCUAAAAUGUCUUUUCACCACAAGAGGGCACCAGCUUCCCCUUGCAGGGAACUGUGGUAUUGUACAUGAUAGUUGUUGUACAUGAAAUUAUUGAGAGAGUAUAUUUUAAAUAUAUUGUUUUUAACAUUAAAUGUAAAAUUGAAGUAAAUUGAAUUUCCUUACUUAAAUAUAUGAGAAGAAAGAAAAAAUAUCCGCUUGUUAACAGAAAAUGUAUUACCUCAUAGGUACAUCAAUUAUAGUUUGAAAGAGAAGGCAUUCAGAAAGAAGUGUAAUUCAUUUGGGGCAAGCAUCAAAUCAAACCUGCUGAGGAGUGCAAUACUUUUUGCAACUCUGCCUGUUUGCCUGACUACUACACUUACUAGAAUUACAGGAGGUGGGCAUCAGCUGUUGAUUCUUCCUUACAUGAAAAAUACGUAGACAUUGUACUCAGUAUAAAAGCAAGAUGCACAACAGUGUCUCAAUCUUCUUGCCUGCUUGGCGUUUCUGAUGUCUUAGUGCAUUCUCAACUUGUCUGCAGCAAUUUGCUCUUGGGUUAUAUGUUAGGUUGAGUAUGCUUUUGUUCAUGCACCACAUGACAAAAAUAAAAGUUGCAUUCAAAGUGAAAUUCUCUGAAAGCUAGUAUACACUAUUGGUGGUUUUGGUUGGGCAUUUUAUGUGAAAGUUAUGCUUUUUGUAGAUGUUUACGACUUUGGCUACUGUUCUGGCCCCUUUCAUUAGUUCUGAAAUAGUCAAAAUUUUAUUUGUAAGCCCAUCUGCAGAUUCCUUUGAUAAUUUAGUUUUUACUGGCUUUUUUGCAAUAAAUAAAACUGAUUUAUCAGUGAUUUCUAACUUUUCGUUUUUUGCAUGAUAUGGAAAUUUUAUUUUAUGUAAUUACUACAGCAAAGCUAUUUGUGUAAAGAAGAAAUUUGUUACCUUCAAAAUGGGUCACUUUACUUAUCAUCAUCAUGUGUCUGUACCAUACCAAAACUGUUUAUA